AUGUGUCAUUUUUCUGAACCACUUUUUUUUAUUUCCUUAUUUUUAUCUUCCUUUUUUCUGUUUUUUUAUUCCUUCUCUUUGUUUUCCUUUCUAUUAUCUUUCUCUUUUAUUCUUUCAUUUCCUCUCAUUUUCCAUUUUCAUUUCUUCAUUUUUUCUUGUAUAAUAUUUUUCUUCUUUUUCUAUUUCUAUUUUUAUUCUUUCUCUCUUUAUUUUUUUUCUUUUUUAUCUCCUUCACUUUCUAUUAGUUUUUUAUUUACUCAUUUGCUUGUCAAUUUCUCUUUUUCUCUUGUCCCUAAAUUUUCAUUUAUUUCUCUUUGUCUCCCCUUUUUCUUCUUUCCAUCCUUCACUUCUCCCCAAUGCUCAUUUUCUCCCCAGCCACCUCCCCCAAAUGCUGUCCAGCUAUCCUGCUUUUGGAAAUUCCAAGAAGUCAAUAUUAAUGCUGCCACCGAUGCUACUGCCACUACUCUUGUUGCUAUGACAACUCUCACAUUUCUGGUUAUUCUUUUAAGAGAUAAUCUGUCCCCAUAA